GAAGACACCAAGUAUCACCAUCAAACCACUCUCUAACAUCGAUCUCUCACUCCUCUGAUCCCGAAUUAACUCGGAAAUUGCUGCUCAGCACAUCUAGAUUCGCCCUCGCGCUCGACACUAAGCCGUCUUACGGGAACCGCGUGUUCCAAACGUCUGCUCUGCUCCCACGCACGCCAGCGACAGGCGGCUGCCACGUUACCCCGUGUAGCCGUCUUCGUACUCGCCAUGAAAUUCAACCUCUUCCACAUCCUCGGAGAUGUGUCGCACACUUCGUCCAAGCUCAUUUUAAUAUGGGCCAUACAUGCCAACAGCAGUGCUGAGGGUGUCUCCCUCAUCACUCAGGUCCUUUAUGCCCUCGUAUUCGGAACACGAUAUCUCGACAUCUUUACGUCAUCGGCCACCAAGGACGUCUGGCACACAUGGAACUUCUCGUUGAAGAUCUUCUACACCCUCUCGUCGCUCUACAUCAUCUUCUUGAUGACAAGCGUGUAUGCGCGCACUCGUGAAAGGGAAAAGGCAUGGAAGUUUGGCAUGUACUGUCUACUAGGGAGCGUGGCUAUUGCUCCCUUUUGGUACAUUAUCUUCAAGAAAACCGUCAUUGGCAAUAACACCUUCCUCAAGAUUCUCUGGGUCUUUUCCGAAAUCCUCGAAUCCGUAUGCGUUAUCCCGCAACUGCUACUCCUCCGCCAAACCACCGUGCCUACCGUCAUCGACUCCUUCUACCUCGUCACACUCGGUACAUAUCGCUUUCUAUACGUCCUCAAUUGGAUUGUUCGCGGUGCCAAUGAGGACCACUAUCGCGAUCCUACUUCUUGGGUUUGGGGCUCCAUUCAAACAGCCCUCAUGAUCGACUUUGCGUGGGUCUACUGGACCCGCCAGCGCGUCAAGCUCCGUCAUGGCGGCGUUGUGGAUUCGGAUGACUUGGGCAGGGGCUGGCUCGUGGGACGCUUUGUUGGAAGGAAGAGCAUGGAUUACGACUAUGACGAAGAGACUGGCGGACAACGCAAUGACGCUGUACAGCCGGGCAACAACUGGGGGCGGAGGGGCAUCUCCGUGUCUGCUGACGAUGACGUAGAAGGAGCGCCCAAGAGGAAGGGUCCACAAGGAGAAAAUGCGGACCCAGAGAGCCAGCCAUUGGCAGAUCCUGCGGCCUUUGAAGAUGAGAGCGACGAUGAUGCGCCGCCACCUGCAGCUACUUCAGUAGCUGAGCAAAGCGGCGUGAGAAGCGACGAGUGGAAUGAUGAUGUAGACGACGAUGCAAGGGAGCACGAUGCAUCAUCAAGAGCGGGCAAAUAAAGGUAUCUACUGGACAUGGUUUUGGAUCAGCGUUUAGCGAUAGUGCAGCUUGCUUCUUGUACAAUUCUCUUUCCUCGCAAUCAACGUUUUUACUUCAC